AUGGCAGAUCUGCUUUUUGGCGGGACCGACGAGGAGAAUGAGGAGUUGAAGAAGCUUCAUGCGGAAGUGCUCGAAGACACCGACAGCUUCGAAGCAUGGGAGAAACUCGUGCGUGCGGCGGAAGGCCAGGAAGGUGGAAUCAAUCGCAACUCGAGCCCACAGGCUAUUACAGCUACUAGAACAGUCUACGACCGGUUCCUGGCUAAAUUCCCCUUGCUGUUCGGAUACUGGAAGAAAUAUGCAGACCUAGAGUUCUCCAUCGCGGGCACCGAAGCUGCAGAGAUGGUAUAUGAGCGCGGAGUGGCUAGCAUCACAAACUCGGUCGACCUGUGGACGAAUUACUGCACUUUCAAAGUUGAAACCUCGCACGACACCGACAUCAUUCGAGAGCUCUUCGAGAGAGGUGUCAGCUGCGUCGGUCUUGAUUUCUUAUCUCAUUUGUUCUGGGACAAAUAUCUCGAAUUCGAGGAGCGCGUGGAGUGCCACGAUAAGAUUUUCGCUGUGCUUGGUACAAUCAUCCAGAUACCUAUGCACCAAUAUGCAAGAUAUUUUGAACGAUAUCGGCAGCUCGCUCAAACCAGGCCAUUAAGUGAACUUGUUCCUCCUGAGACUCUAGCUCAGUUCCGAGUGGAGAUCGAAAAUGCGGCGGGUAGUGUUCCUCCCGGCUCAAGGAGUGAAGCCGAGGUCGAGAGAGAUAUCCGACUCCGAGCCGACGCCCAUUACUUGGAGACAUUUUCACGCACUCAAACCGAGACCACAAAGCGAUGGACCUAUGAAUCCGAAAUCAAGAGGCCCUACUUCCAUGUUACCGAGCUUGACGAGGGUCAGUUAACGAACUGGAGGAAAUAUUUAGAUUUCGAAGAAGCAGAGGGCUCUUUUGCUCGCGCCCAGUUCUUGUACGAGAGAUGUCUUGUGACGUGUGCGCACUACGAUGAAUUCUGGAUGCGUUACGCGGCAUGGAUGUCUGGCCAAGAAGGAAAGGAGGAAGAAGUUAGAAUUAUUUACCAAAAGGCGAGUUCUCUCUAUGUCCCCAUAUCGAGGCCAGCUAUCCGCCUCCACUACGCCUACUUCGAAGAAAUGGCAUCACGAGUCGAUAUCGCCAAAGAUAUCCAUAAUGCAGUUUUGCUUUCGAUGCCAGGACACGUUGAAACGAUAAUUUCUUUUGCGAAUCUAUCACGUCGUCAUGGUGGUUUAGAUGCCGCGAUUGAGAUUUACAAAUCUCAACUUGAUUCAGCUGAAUGUGAUAUUCAGACAAAAGCUGCCCUUGUGGCGGAGUGGGCGAAGCUUCUAUGGAGAGUCAAGGGGACCUCCGAAGAAGCCCGCCAAGUGUUCCACAAGAACCAACACUGGUACCCUGAUAGCCGCCCUUUCUGGACUAGCUAUCUUAUGUUCGAACUAGAGCAGCCAACCAGUGCCGAAACUGAACCCGCACAAUACAAGCGCAUUAAGCAAGUUAUCGACGAUAUUCGCAACAAAAGUACCCUCCCAAUCGAGGCAGCCAAGGAGCUUCUUCAUCUCUACAUGACCUACUUGCUAGAGAGGGGUUCAAGCGAAGCAGCCAAGGAAUACAUGACCUUAAAUCGUGAAGUCAACGGGCCACCGUCGGUUCAAUCAAUCAUGAAGACGCCAGUUUCAAAGGAGGCACAGGAUAAACCUACGGCUGGUCAAGAUACCCCUAACUCUACGUUCAGACCAGACGUUUCUGCGCCAGCUCUUACGGCACUCUGA